AUGUCUAUAGUGAAUAAAAGUUCUACUAAGAGUUAUGAAUUGGAAUUCUACAACGAUAUUGCCAGCGAUGAAUAUAAAUCUAAAAGCGCUUUGCUCGACGAUAUAGAGGCAGGUGAGCAGUCGGAGACAAUUGAUGACGGUGCUGUUGAGAAGCCGAAACGAAGAAUCUACGGGUGGUCGUUGCUUAUACAGGGGAUUUUAUCGUUGAUAAUUGUUUUCCUGUUGGUGAAGCAAUACGGUCAUGGCAAGCCUUCUGCCAAGGUGCUAAAUAAAAUCCCUGGUCAGUUCGACCUCGAUGCGAUUCUACAGGGAGAAUUUGGAUCGGGCAAUAAGCAAUUUCGAUUUCUCUACCCUCCAAUUAGCCACCUGAUGAACAAGGGCUCUGAUGAAGGUACCUACUUGGUUGUUGAGACAAUCGGGUCUGCGGAUACAUUUAUCGCGAAGAAGUUGGCAGACCCUGAAUUCAAGAAAAUUCUUGGCCGUGCCAACUUUACGCAUAACGGAGUUAAUUACACAGCUGGGAAGAUAGAGCCCACUUACAAGUUGGAUAGGUUGAUAUAUGGUGCAGAGCUGCAGCAAAUAUACCGGUAUUCGUCUGAGGGGCAUUACUGGAUGAAAGAUAUUGAGUCUGGUCAAUUUGAGCCAAUUUGCCCAGAAAGGGAUGGAAAGUUAGCUAAUCUUUCCUAUGUCCACUUUUCGCCAAGCUUCAGCCACAUUUAUUUUGUGCACGAGAAUGACCUGUAUAUCCAGGAUGUUAGUGGGGAUGGCACCGUGAAGCGGGUUACAUCCGAUGGCUCGAGUGAGGUUUUUAACGGUAAACCGGAUUGGGUGUAUGAAGAGGAAAUCUUUGCGUCUGACUCGGCUGUGUGGUGGGCACCGGAUGACUCCUCUUUCGUAUACUUGAAAAUAAACGAUACUAACGUAAAAUCCUAUAUUUACCCGAAGUAUAUCAAUGGCGAAGAGUAUCCGACUGAUCAAUCCGUGAAGUAUCCCAAACCCGGAGAAGCUGUUCCAAGUAUUACGCUCUAUCAUUACGAUGUUGCUGAAGGUAAAUCUUCAGUUAUAGACCUUAAAAUGGAAGGUGAGCACAUUUUGUAUCUUGUGCAGUGGAUUAACAGCAAUCACCUGUUGUUAAAGGUCACGGACAGGUAUUCAAGGGUCUUGAAUGUUAAAGUUUACGACGCUACAUCUAAAGAGCUCAAAAAUACCCGUACGGAGUUUGCGGAAGACUACAGUGGCUGGAUUGAAAAGCUGAAUGAUAUUGUGCCGAUACCCCCCAAUCCGGAAAGAGGCAGAGAUUCGUAUGGAUAUGUUGACCUUGGUGUGGAUUCUUCGGGGGAUAUGAACAUUUAUUACUACAGGGAUCCUUAUGAAGAAAAGGGUUUACAGUUAACGUCUGGCGCUUGGGAGGUCACUUCUGAAAACUGGGCUUUCGACUAUGACAAGAAUGUGAUUUAUUUCCAUGCGAAUGUAAGGCAUACUAUGGCACAGCAUUUGUAUUCUGUUGCCAUUGAAGAUGGCCAUCUUGAAUGUAUGCAAGAAAAGCUAUCGGAUUUAGAUUACACCGAGUUUUUGUUCAGUUCUUCUGCACGUUACGCAUUAAUGUAUUACAAGGGUCCAAAUAUUCCCCUAGAAAUGGCUGCUCCAUUGCUAGACCUAUUAUUAUUGCCCGAUAAAAAUAACAACGCCACAAUGGUUUCAGAUAAUGAAAACCUUGUAGAGGCACUGCAGUACUAUAAAUUUCCUGAUAUGAACUAUAAGUCCAUGUCAACUGACGACGGCGUGAACAUUAGUUAUGUGGAAACAUUGCCAGCGACACUUAAAUCAAACCGUAAGUACCCCCUACUAGUAAAGGUUUAUGGUGGGCCUGGGUCUAGGGUGGUUACAACAAGCUUUGGAGUUGAUUUUCAAACCGCUGUAGCUUCUGGUUUAGAUGCAAUUGUCUUGCAAUUAGAACCUAGAGGAACUGCUGGCAGGGGCUGGUCCUAUAGGCGGUGGUCAACAGAUAAUAUUGGGUACUGGGAAUGCCGAGAUAUCACCGAAAUCACUAGGAAAUAUAUUGAAAGUCACUCUGAUUUGAUUGAUACCGAGAGAGUGGCUAUUUGGGGUUGGUCAUACGGAGGUUUUAAUACUCUAAAAACUUUGGAGUAUGAUAAUGGUGAAACCUUCAAGUAUGGAAUUGCUGUCGCACCGGUAACCGACUGGAAGCUAUAUGACUCCUUUUAUACUGAAAGAUAUUUGGGUUCAAUCGCCAAAAAUAAGGAUGCCUACGCGACUGCAUCGAUAACUGAUGUUCAGCCAUUUGCGAAUGUUAAAAGGUUCAUGCUUGCACAUGGUACAGCUGAUGAUAAUGUUCACAUCCAAAAUACCUAUAAUUUUAUCGAUCUUUUAAACCUCGCUGAAAUUAGAAACUUUGACAUGCAUAUAUUCCCGGACUCGAAUCAUGAAAUUCAAUUCCAUAACGGAAUUCCUGUGAUUUAUAAGUCAAUCUACUUCUGGCUACAAAACGCAUUUACUGGGCAGUUUGAUAACCUUGCUUCGUAA